GUAAACGGGGCAACUGGGGGCGUGGGUCUGGCAGCUGUCCAGGUAGCACGUGCACUGAACUGCCGCCAGAUCAUUGCCACUGGCCGCGGUAGUGAAAAGCUUGCAGUGGUAGCGCGCCAUGGUGCGACUUGCUGCCUCAACCUGGAGGAGGAAGUCUCGCUGGCAACGGCACUGAAAGCGCAGACCAACGGCCGUGGUGUGGAUGUGGUCUUCGAUACAAUUGGAGGCGAGGUUUUUGACGAGUCCCUGCGUGGCACGGCCUGGGGCGCGCGGGUUCUGGUGGUCGGCUUUGCUUCGGGAAAGCAUCCAAGCAUUCGCGCAAAUUAU